AUGUUUCCACCUUUAACGAGUUCCAGAGCCCUUAAAAAAAGUUUUAUACUCGCCAUCUUUCCACAUUUUUACGAUUUAGAUGGCUCAUAUUUGCUGUUUCACGCUCUCGUGUCUGUUGAGCAGCGAAUGACUUUUAUGGUUAGCUUUAAGGCUUAUACAUCUGAGCUGUCUGUUUGGAUUAACAAAGGUGUGAAAUGA